CGAUUUUUUUUUGGUCUAUUGUUUGAUUUUUACUUUUGUGUCAUCAUUUAAUUAGUUGUUUGAGCAUAUACCUCUGGUUAGCAUUUCUAUUAAGAAAGUUGAUGUAUUUGAGCAAAAAGACUUACUCAAGGCAUCUCAAUCACGAUACCUACCUGGUUCAGCCUCGGUGAUUUCAUCCUAUCUAUAAUCCCACGACAACAUGAGAUCUUUACUCCUCACCAUCAUUAUCCUAUCACUAUCCAACCUCACAUUCGCGUCACGAAGAGUUUCGCCCCGAACAGCUUUACUCGUAUCACCAAGCCCCUCCUCAAAAUCAACCUCCAUAUCCACCGCCACUAUCCCGACGAAAGUCCCAGCAGAUGCAGACGAAGCUUUCCUCACAGCCGCAAAAUCAACCGUUACUCCAGCACCAGCAGUAAUCAUCGACGCAGAUGGGAAAGUCCAGGGCGUGGAAGAGAAGUGGCAUUUAACUACGUUUACGAGCUGUCAUACUUUUGAUGCUACGUUUACUUAUUGUGGGUUACAUGAACCUGUGCUCCCUGGUGGAGAUGAGAUUGCGGGUGCGGUGAGGCCGUUAGAUGCUAGAGGUGGAGUUUUGAGGGCGGUGGUGGUUCUUUUGGGGACGUUGGUGGGGUUGAUGUGUUUUUGAGGUGAGAUGAGAAGGUAUUAGUUGAUCUACGAGACUGCUGAAUCUCUGGAUAUGGGUUGGAGUAAGGCGUUAGAUACCAUUUUGUAAUAUUUAAAUCGGUUGCAGGCCACGCCGAUUACAU